AUGAAGGCCCCAACUCGCACCCAGAUGUACCUCUGGUACUGCUGUGUGAUUGCAGCUAUGUGCAUGUUCCUCAAUGGAUACGACUCGUCUACCUUCAACGCGGUUCAAGGAUCGGAGCAUUUCAUGAACUACUUUCAUAACCCGUCCCCUGAAGUCAUCGGAUCAGUCAACACGGCUUACACGGUUGGAAGCGUGGUAACUGGCUUCUUUCUAUCCGCUCCAGUUUCUGAUCGGUUCGGCCGCAAGUGGACCAUGAAUAUCGGGGCUCUUUUCAUCAUUGUGUCCACCAUAAUCGGUUCUUUCACACCCCGUGCCAUUGGUGGUUUCAUUGCAAGCCGAGCUUUGACCGGUAUAGGCCAAGGAAUGGCCAUGCCGGCUGGGCCUGUCUACAUCAACGAGAUCGCUCCGGCUGGACAUCGUGGAAUGGUCAUGAGUCUCUGGCAGCUAUUCUUCGGAUUUGGCUCGUUUCUGGCGUACUGGAUUAACUUCGUCUGCACCAAAAAGUCGGAAUCACUCGGAAACUGGGACUGGAGGAUUGUCAUGCUCGGCCAGCUGAUUGCACCGAUAAUCAUCAUUGUUGGGCUCUUCUUCUGUCCCGAGACACCUCGAUGGUAUAUCCAAAAGGACCGCAUGGAGGAUGCUGUCCGAGCCUUGACCCGACUACGGGACAAUGAUGAUGACGUUCAAGUUGAGCUUCAGGAGGUACACCAGGCCAUUGCGUACGAGAAGGCCCACAUGAAUGGAAAGUACUCUCCCCUGUGGAAAGACAAGGCGACCCGUUACCGAUUCCUGUUGGCUGUCGGAAUCAAUAUUGGACAGCAGUUCACAGGCCAGGGUUCCUUGGUCAUGUACUCAACCAUGAUCUACAGGAAGGUAUUCACCGACAACAGCCAGAUCCAGCUGAUCAACGCUCUCAAUGGCACAUUUGGCAUUCUGUUUACACUUAAUGCCACAUGGAUGGCCGACCGCUUUGGUCGGAGGCCUCUCUUGCUAAUUGGCGCUGCCGGCAUGUCGGUUUGCAUGUUUAUCGUUGCCGCCGUUGUCACCGAAACACCCAACUUGGCAGAUGGGUCCAAGGAGAAGAGCGUAGGUAUCGCCACUGUGUUCCUCAUGUUCCUUUUUGCCUUCUUCUAUAAGCCUUCAUGGGGUGCUACCGUCUGGAUCUGGACCUCUGAGGUCUUCUCCAUGAACGUCAGAGCGCAAGCCGUUGCAAUGUCCACACAGUCACAGUCCGUCUCAAACACAAUUCUUCAACAAAUCUUCCCCAUUUUUCUUGACAAGAAGGGCUUUUAUGCCAUGUACAUGUUUGGCGCUAUAAACAUUGUGUUGUUUCUCUAUGUCUGGUUCUUGAUUCCGGAAACAAAGGGGGUAUCCUUGGAACAUAUGGACCAUCUCUUCGGCGGUAUUGACCACACCGACAAGGGUGCAGGGAUGUUAGAAGGCAAGUCACGGGAUUAUAAGCAUGGUUUUCAGGAGGUCGAGACCCUGGAGGAUGCAAAGGGGGCGUAA